UGCAGAAUUUCCCUGUUUGUCAAUGCUAUUUUGCUCCAAAUUUCCUAUUUUAGAAUACAUGCUCUCAUUGCCUUAAAAACAAUAAAAAAGUGGUCAAAAAAAUGGCAAAAGUGGAUAUGGAACUGAAGAAGGCCUUCGCCGAGUUGCAAGAGAAACAAAUAGACACAGCUCAGAAGUUACGGAUAGCAGAUCUACAAAUCGAGACUCUCAAACGAAAUAAGCAACACGCCAUAUUCACAGAGAGGGAGAUCGAUGCGCUGGAAAGCGGCACCAGGACCUUCGAAUCCGUGGGCCGCAUGUUCGUGUUGACCCCCAUAGAAGAGGUGAAAGACGGCCUGCAGAAGAAGCAAGCCCAAUCAGACGACAAGAUCAAAGUUCUACAAAACAAUAAAACGUAUCUAGAAAAUAGUUUAAAAGACGCAACGAAUAGCUUACGUGAAUUGGUACAACAGAAAAAAGAAGCUUAAUUUAUUUUCUAUUUUAAUGUAAAAGUUCUUAAAUACAUAGUUUAUUCAGCAA